GGUCUUGUGCUUGUGAUCAGCUGAUGAGGAAGCAGCGGAGGCAACACACACAGCUGCGGUUGACAGUAUCUAACAUUUUGCAGAGAUGGGUGGUCUGGCCUUGGCCAAGAGGUGGAUGUUUGCUCAGCAGCUGCUCCUGUGGACACUGGCCAACCUCUCAGACUCCAGCAUGCAUUUGCUUGCUCCUGAUGCUGUCACACUUGAGGAGGACUCUGUAGCAAACAUCACCAUUACCUCCAGUUCCCCUGCCAACCAGUCAGUUGUGGUUCAGUUUAAUGUCACCUACAGCUCCAAGACAAACUACUCAUCUAUAAUCACACUCCCAGAGGAGGUGUUGCUGCCAGUGGACGCAACCUCAGUCACUUUCAAUCUGACAGCCCAUGAUGUCGGCCAGGUGACCACAUACCUGCUUAGCAACAGCACGGACCUCAACAGUUUGUCCGUCAGGAUCCGCUUUAUGGUCAUCCAUAGCAACAUUGUGGCAGUAAUAAGUCAAGUGAUUGGCUGGAUUUACUUUCUGGCCUGGUCGGUGUCCUUCUAUCCACAAGCAUGGGAAAACUGGAGGAGGAAAAGUGUUGUAGGUCUCAACUUUGACUUCCUGGCUCUCAACCUUACUGGCUUCAUCGCUUACAGUGUCUUCAAUAUAGGGCUGUUCUGGAUCCCAUAUAUAAAGGAGGAGUUUCUGAACAAGAACCCGAAUGGAAUUAACCCUGUCAACGCCAAUGACGUCUUCUUCAGUCUCCAUGCUGUCCUGCUCUGUUUGGUGUACAUCGGCCAGGCGGCUGUGUAUGAGAGGGGGGGUCAAAAGGUCUCCUGGACGGCCUUUUUUUUGUUGCUGCUUGCCUGGGCGUUUGCCUUGGUCAGCUUGUUUCUGGCUGUAGCAAAACAGAUCACCUGGCUGGAUUACCUCUACUAUUUCUCAUACAUCAAACUAGCAGUCACUCUGGUCAAAUAUGUGCCGCAGGCGUACAUGAACUACAGACGAAAGAGCACUGAGGGGUGGAGUAUUGGGAAUGUGUUGUUGGACUUCACCGGUGGAAUCCUCAGUAUUCUACAGAUGAUCUUACAGUCUUACAACAAUGAUGAGUGGAGGCUGAUAUUUGGUGAUCCCACUAAGUUCGGGUUGGGUUUGUUCUCUGUGGUGUUUGACAUCCUCUUCAUGACUCAGCACUACUGCCUCUACAGACGGCCGCAGUACGAAGCUGUGACAGCGCAAGAAGACUGACGCUGACUCAAUGCUGUGUGGAUAGAUUGUCUAAAAACACACACUCACAUGGGAGCACAUGACCGAUUUUCGGUCAACACGAAUGAACGAAUCUUGAUCAAGCAACAGAUGAUUCAAGUUACUGGAGAGAGGUCCUGGUGGUCAUGGAGCUCUCCAGAGCAGAUUUAAACGUCUGAUUUGUUUCCAGCAGCUCUGAGCUCAGUGUGCCUUCUUCUAAAACAUCUCAGGAUCAGCACUUUUUUUCCACUUUUUUUCCACUUUUUUUCCUUUUUUUUUUUUUUUUUUUACCACUGUACAAAUAUUGAGUUGAUAGAAUGUAUAAAAAGAACAAUUGAUGAAACAUUUUUUUUAUUAAAUUCAAUAUGGCAUUUAAGCUUGCAGUAGUGACAGUGUUUGCUGAAGGUCUGAUUGUGCUAAUUGAGACUCCCAGAAAGAGGACUGUAGCACAAUCCACUGUUACAACAAACAUCAGCAGAGAGCCACACAUUUAGCCAAGUGUGGUCAUUGUAUAUUUUAUAAGAACAGAUGCCUUUCUCAGUACCGACUGUGCAGGUUAGGUGUAGGUUGUUUAGUGCACCAUCAGCUAGAAGGGCACCAAAGAGGAGGAAGAAAUCUGUUGCAAUUAAUUUCAUGCGCGCUUUCUUUCUAAAAGUCCGUCUCCGCCCGUCCAAUACACGUGUUACAUUACUGCUCGCUCUGCAGUAAACACCUGAUACUGAGAGAAGACUGCAGGCAGACUCUGUAGAGGGGCACUAUUUUGUGAUUAUUAUUUGUGAUCCAGCGGUUCCUUUGUAAGAAUCAUGUGUAUACACAGGUGUGCCUCCCUAAGAGUGAUUAAUGAUUAACAAUUAUCUAGACCUGGAAAUUAAAGGGAAAGUGAGGAUCACAUGGUUGUGAUCAGGACCGAUUCUGGCAUUUUGGUUAAGAGUCUAUAAAUCCAACAACUAUUCCAGAUGUUACCUCCUGGAAAACAGCUGUCAAAUCAGAUAGUUUUAUGUCUGUGUCAGUGACAUUGAACAGGUGAAACCACACUUCUGAUUUCAGUAUUUUGUUGGUGCUGAGGUUACAGAGUGUCUGUGUGUAGAUCCUGUGCAGAUCAUACUGACACUCUGGAGAUUACAACAUAAAGAAACAACUAACUUACUUCAUUAUACAGAGCCAUUCAGCUGUAACAUGUAUCUAAACUGUUUAGUGCAUGCCUAAAAUGUGUACUGUAAGUUAUAUAAUAAAGAAAAAACUAGA